UGUCAUCCCUAAUUCAGGCCAGGUUGCCUGCGUGGAAAAUAAACUUUCUAGCUAGUUUUUCUGUAAAUUGUAAACAAUAACCAAUAAAACCGACUACGAAAUCUUUGCGGAUAUGGCUGCUGCAGUACCGACUCGAGCCAACUGGCACCCAAACAUGAAACACAGUGAUAUGGAGCGAUGGAUCUGUAUUUAUCCCGCCUACAUCAACAGCAAAAAGACGCGCCAGGAGGGACGCCGGCUGCCCAAGGAGAACUGCGUAGAGAACCCCACCUACAUCGAGAUCCGGGAUGUGCUGUCUGUGACCAACCUGCAGUUCCUCGUGGAGAACAUGAAGUACUGUCGCGAGAAGAGCAGUGAGAUCCAAUUCCGUGGUCGUGUGCGCGUCCAGCUCAGGAAUGCCGAUGGCACUCUCUUCAACAACGACUUCCCUUCGCGUGAAUCCAUUAUGAUCCAUAUUGCCAGCAAGAUCCCCCAGCUGAAGACGCGCCAAAAUAAAUCUGGCGACUCGUUCCACCAGCAAUCCCAACCGCAGUCGAGUGGCUCUGGAAACACUGGCGGCGGUGGUGGUGGCAAGAAGGGUAAGGGCAAGCGCCGCUAAUCACUGCCGUCUUGUGGGUCGAUGUUGAUGUUUCGUUAGUUGGUUUCUUUUGUAAUAAACUCUGUAGACAAAGCUA